UGCACAACAAGUAUAAAUGCGAAUCACGAUGAGGAUUCUUUAUUCGUCAACCCUCUACGUUGUUUCCUCAAAACAAAGAUGAAGAUCAUCGUUCUUGCUGCUCUGCUCGCCUGCGCUCUGGCUAUGCCUCAGCGUAUGGUACUACCUCGGCUGCCGACCUCCGUCAUCUUGAACGGCAAGUACCAGCUGAUCCCAGAGGGAAAAAUUGUUGGAGGAGCUGUCGUGCCUCCCAAUUCGCUUCCCUUCCAGAUUUCCCUGCAACGUCGUAGUGCCUCUGGCUCCUAUUCGCAAUCUUGCGGUGGCUCCAUCCUCGACGCCAACGUCAUCAUCGAUGCUGCCCAUUGUGUCAGGAACACUAACGUUGACGUCAUGCGAGUUGUUGCCGGUGAACACAGUUUGUCGCAAGUCAGCGGACUCGAGCAGAACAGGAACGUUGUUAGAUACACCAUGCACGAGAAUUACAACGCCCAAACGUUCGAGAACGACAUCGCCCUUAUCUUCUUGGAUGCUCCGUUGGACCUAAGCGUUCCGUCUGCCCAACCAGUCAACCUGCCACCCCCAACUUCCGAGUUGGAUCCCCCCGCGGGAACCAUCGUCACUGUAUCCGGAUGGGGAACUACUAGCUCUGGCGGCAGCAUUUCCGACAAUCUCCGCAGCGUUGAUGUUCCAGUCGUCGAUGACGCUACUUGCGAUGCUGCCUACGGUGGCACUGCCCAGAGACCACAGAUCCUUCCUUCCAUGCUCUGCGCUGGUGACAUAUCCGACGGUGGCAUUGACUCUUGCCAGGGUGACUCUGGCGGCCCUCUUUUCACCGCCAACGGUGAUGGCACUUUCGUCCAGCACGGUAUUGUUUCCUGGGGACAGGGAUGCGCCCUCGCCGCUUACCCUGGUGUCUACACUCAGGUGUCUUAUUUCUUGGACUGGAUUGCUGCCAACAGGGUUUAAGAUAAGUAAUACCCAAAAGAAAUGUUACCAGCCUUUGCCAUCUUGAAGUACUCACAUUCGCAAUGACUUCCUUUCAUACGGUUUAACCAUUUUUUUUUUCUUUUUCAAAAUUUAUUACGUUCAAAAUAUAUAAUGUUAAACUAAA